CCAGUCUCCGUGUGGAGCCGAGAGCGCUGAGCCAGCCUAGGGCGCCCACGGAGCUGGGGACGUGCCGCCGCGCCGCGGCUGCUGAGGUCCGCGCUGUAGCUGCGGAGUCCGAGGGCGCCUGCUAGCUGCUCGGUUCCCUCCGGGCCAGCUGUGCAAGCGGGGACCAGCGGCAUCAGCAGCAGCGCAGCAGCAGCAGUGACGAUUCGAGCACGGGCGGCAGCAGCAGCCGCGACAACAGUGACACCAUGGAUCUAUCCUUUAUGGCCGCGCAGCUGCCCAUGAUGGGAGGAGCCUUCAUGGACUCGCCCAGCGAGGACUUCGGCGCGGAGUACUCCCUCUUCAACUCCUCCACCAAUAUCCACGCGGCCUCCAGCGGCCAGGGCCAGCCGGAGGAGCCUCCGCGGUCCUCCAACGACGCCGUCCUGCUCUGGAUCGCCAUCAUAGCGACGCUGGGGAACAUCGUGGUGGUGGGGGUGGUGUAUGCCUUCACCUUCUGAGGGGCGCCCCCCCCCCCCCCGCCGUGCCAGGCACACGGGCGGGGCUCGGUCCCGCGUGCCGUGGCUGCGGGCCUCUGGCUGCGCGCCCGUUCCAGACCCAGGAGUUCCGGCCGCGGGCAUGGCCUCCCCGGGCUCAGCGGGCGGGCGGGCGUGCGUCUGGGAGGUCCCCGCGCAGCCCCGUUGUUAACACUCCGCGCUGCGGUCCAGCUGAUCCUGGAACACGGGAGCAGCGCGAGCUUCCAGCCCCAUAGCGUGGCCGGCAAGGCCUUUGAGGAGCCGAGUGGGGAAUUCUUAAAACUGCUUCCCAAGAACAAGAGGCCUGAGGGAGCAGCCGGUUCGGUUCAGAAUACAGACGUCGUUGGGGGAGCGCUGGCUGGCAGUGAAUAAUCACCCGAGUACCUUGUUCCAUGCAGACUUACCAUGCCCGGAGCGUGGGGUGCAGGCAGGAGCCCCCUCAGCAUUUGAGUGUUCCCAGCCCAGUCUCGGUCCCCCCCACCCCGGGAAUGUUGGUGGUGGUCUCGGAAGGGCUCUCGAACAUUCCUCGUCCGACUUGCAAGCAGCACCUUCGUCACCAGAAACCUGGCUGCUCCUGAGACCCCGAAGUGUCAGGAAGCGCAGGGAUGGGGAGAGGAGCGGUGACGUGGCGGGACCUCGGGGUGGCGGUCCUCCUCCGCUGGAUGGACUUCCCCUUCCUGCGAACAAGCCGAGAAGCCCCCUUUAGAAAUGAGAACUGCCGGUCAGUUCGCUCUCCAGGCCACACACGCGAAGAUGACCUUCGUUGCCUGAGAAAUCGGGCUCUUCGAGAUGAGUGGGGCCUUGUCCUCAUGGGGGGGGGGGGGGGCGGGAGAGGCGUGUGGUUGCCUGUGGUCACCGGGCGCAGUCGGAUGUGGAGGGGCCAGAUCAGGGGGGACGCCCCCCCCACUCCACUCAGGGCCCCCUCCAAGCAGGGGCCCCUCUCCCUGGCUGCCCUGGGGGCAGCGUCCGUGGGUCUUGAACUGAGUGCAGGGUUGGGGGGCGGGGCGGUCAGACACCCACAUUGUGAACUCGCUUUGGCUGCUGCCUGGGCUGUUGCAGGCAUGAACGUACCUGCCCAGGUCCGUUCCCGGCAUUCUUAGAAGCCAGCGGCUGGGGGCCUGGCAAACAGGGAGCCCACCCACCCCCCAUGAGGACGGGAGCGUGAGGCAACAUGCCCGGGGAGCAGUAGGAAAAGGGUGCAUUUUUCUCUGACCUCAGGGAAGAUCGCUGCCUAGGACCCCCUUCUGGAGGGAGUGGGGGCUCCCUCCCCUGCGGGCUGGGUGGCUGUCUCCCUGCUUUCUCCCUGCACUGUAACAAAAUAAAUGUCGUGAGCUCCCCCUCCAUAGUCGAGAAACCAGAAAGGCUGCUUAGGAAGGCCUUGCGCGCACUUGGGCACGAUCGGGGAAAGGCUGUGUUGCUCACCGUGGCCCCGGGGGGGAUGCGUGUUCCUGAUGACAGACAAAGGGACGUCAUCAUUGUCCAGCGGCAGCCACUCGCCCCGGGAGGUUGGCACUGAGCUGCCGUGAUAACAGGGUUACCAGCCCCACCUCCAGACAGCGCCGGCAGAUGGCCGCUGGCAUUUAUUGGUCGCAUCUGUCAUCGCAGCAACCACGCAGCCACCACAAACGCUGCAGCUCGAGGGGAGGUCAGGAGUGCGGGGGGCGGUGUGACAUUGCAGAGAAGGAGAACAGAUGUGGGACCUUCUGCCUGGAUGCCUUCUGGAACCACCGAUGGGGCCCUGCUCUCUGCAGGACCGGCCUGGACCCCGGGCUGGCUAGCCGGCCACCCAUCACCCCAUCUCACGCCACUCCAUCAAGCCCCCGAGUCUGCCAUGAGCACGGAGGUCAGAGCCAGGCUGGGGAGGCAGCGCAGCGCGUGGAGGUCGCUCCAGCCCUCCUGCCCUGAUUCUCCACCUGCCGACACCUGCGGCCUGGACGAGGCAGGUGGCAGCUCCCUGCUCUCCAAGUGGCCUGUGGAGGUGGCAUUGGAGAGACAGUUCUGUGGGGAGGAGAGAAAGGGUGGAGGACUCCAGCCUCCCGGGCAGCCCUGGGGCCGGCAUUCCCUGGGCAUGGCAGCCUUCAUAACGGCUUUCUUCCCCUGACAUGAACGCCUUCAUCUCUUUCAGUGUCAAGGCCAUGGAGAGUCAGGAGCUGUAGGGGCCCUCUUGUCCAAACUUGGCAUCGCACAGAUGACAGCGACUUGCCCAGGGCCACUGCAUCCCGACCUCCUGUGCUUUCCUUAUCGGUUUUUUCCCCACCAGGGCUCAGAUAACGAUGGGAUAGAUGUGUGUGGUAAGUUCUAGCCAGAGUGUUCUGUGCUGUUCCCCCUGUCUGAGCUGGGGUUCCGUCCUGAAUCUUAGGUAAAAGACAGAAGGAGAUGCGACACCAUUGUUUGAGAGGUGGGUCCAGGCUCCGUGUCAGGCUGGCGUGCCCGUAUUGAGUGCUCCCAGGUACCUCACCGCGUCAUCGCUCCAGCCCACAGACAAGGAACCGGGAGCUCAGAGCAGCGCAGUGACAGCGUGAAAGUGGUGAGCUGGGGUGUGAGCCUGGACCGCCUAGCUCUAAAGCCAGGCUCUUUCUGCAACACCGUGCUGCCUUCGGUGGCCGAGUGGCGCCUCUUGGCCACCUUUACACCAGCCCCUGAGUCUCCAGAGGUCCUCUUCCAAGGUCCCGCAUCGUGGCACAGUCUGGGCCAGCUCUGGCGUCCACGGGUCGAAGUCUCUGGCUGUGUUUGGAACAGAGCAUGCUCCUCCCCCCGCCAGGACUCUCUCUCCGCCCUGGCUUCGGGGUGGCGGUCUCUGUAGCCUUCCCCCCUCUUUAAGGUGGAGUACAGUUCUCUAUGGACACCAGAGGGGCCCCAGAGACCAGCUUUGUGAGGAUGCAUGCCCAGGGGAGCCCCGCGGGAACCCUGAGGAAUGGAGCACGUGCAGUGCAGCCGGAAUUGCCGAGGGGGACUGUGGGACAGCCGGAGCUGCAGGGUGGCUCCGGCCAGGGCUCAGGCUUCCUGCUGAACCCCAGGGCUGCCCUGAGCUGGGGGGAGGAGCAGGGGGAGAGGACAGGUACUCCUCUCUCAGACCCUAGCCAGCCUGGGGCUCUCAUUCUGGCUUCUCCUGGGUGGGGCGGUCCCAGCGCCCACCUUGACUUGAGCAGCCAGCACUGAGAAGGAGCGGCUGGACCCUUUGGUGGCUGCUCCUCCGAGAAGGGGUCCUGCAUUUUCUGGAACAUUCUCUGUGUACACUGACUCCAUUUCCCUUUUGCAAGCUGUAGGUGUCCCACACCGGCGUUUGUCUGCACGAGGGGCACAUUUUGCUGAACAGAGCAAUGCCCGCUUUACCAGGUCAAGUCCUGUCACUGGAGCUCCAUGGGGGGGGGGGGGGGGGCAGGAGAACCCUUUAGCCUGGCGUGUCCUAAGGGGAUGCCACCCCCUGCUGGGGCCUGGGCAAGGGGACCGUUCUGCCAGUUUCUGCUCUGUCGUGCCUGCCCCUCCCCUUUUCUGUGAGAUCAAGGUCAAGAGGCAAAUGAGGCUCCCUUGACCCUCUCUGCCCCUCCGAGAGACGAUUAUUUCCCCUCUCAGGCCUCCCCCAGGAAGCAGGGAGGGCUGGCUGGUGGCACUGGCCUGGAGCGACAACAGACUGUCUUCCAGCCGUCUAAGUGGGGGGCUUGGACACCCGCCAGGCUGCUGGCACAUGCCGGACCCCUCCCUGGAGACCGGCCAGGCCCACCCUCGGCACCCUGACACCCACUCCUGCCAGGCAGGCCUGACCCUCCUCCUGAUUCCUGGCCCGUGAUGACACCAUCAAUGGUCGUUCUCCCUGCUGUCGUGCAUCCUGCCCCUUCCCUGUGCCGUGUGCAGUUUGCAUCUCAUUUACUCCUCAGACCUCCCCGCACCCCCAGGCAGGAGUGAGGGUGCGGAGGAGUGCACGUUUAUUGGCAUUGCUGCACGUCUCUGUUGAGUACCGGCGGCCAGGCUCCGUGCCCGAGAGCCCACAGCGAAGGAGCUGUGACCGGGUUCCACCUCUGCUGGCUGCACAGGCUGGGUGGUCACUGGCAUCUCCCUGCCUCCCCCGCCCCAACCCUGAGAUGAACCCACUGGACCGGUCUAUCCCAGGAUGGGACUCUGAGGCCCGGCUGUUUUGAACCUGGGAAGGGCCGGGCAGCAGUGCAUACGUAUUUACCGGUCCCCGAGCUGUGAGCCGCCUUAGAGAGCUUCUCAUCAGGACCCUUCCGUCUGGGGAGGGCAGCUGGGGCCACACAGUAAAUUAGUGGAGAGCCGAGGAGGCUCCGGACGCCUGGCGCAGAGCCCCACCUCCCGGCAUGCGGGGCAUUCAACAGGGAGGAAGGGGUGGCCCUGGGUCACCAGCCCCAGCUCUGGGACAGGCAUCAUGUUCUCUGCCACCUGUCACCUGGCCCCUUUGCCAUGUCCUAGCAAGGUCCCUUGACUGUCCCCAGAACAAGUGGGCUGGGCUGCCACAACAGGAUGCCCACGGAGCUGAGCUCAGGCUGGUGUGAUCACCCCACCCACCUCUCUGGCCCCGCCCUCCCCUGACUUGGGUCAUUCAGUGAGAGGGACGGCGGAGGGGAUGGGUGGACUGGGCCCUGAGAGCCCAGAGGGACAGAGGCUAUUAUCUCCAAGCAG